AGGUCUGAUAAGAUGGUGUCUUUCCGUGAUUAUGAAACUUGCCUAGUCUUUCUUCUGCUGGUAAAGUUUCACGGGUCAAGGGGUGUGGAUGUGCGUUUCACCCAGGAACCUUCUGAUCCAAGCCUCUUUAACAAUGGUAAUGAUGCCAAGCUGGUGUGGGACUACACUGAUCCUCAUAAUAAGAUUCAGGUCAUUAUCUAUAGUGUUCUUGUGAAUGGUUCAUUUGUCAGAAUGAUGGUUAAUGACAGUAGUGGUGUCCAAGAACAUCCUGAAAUUCCACUUUCUUACAAAGGAAGAGUAAAAAUUGAAGGAAGAGCUACCCUGGUUAUCAAGAACAUAAACCCUGGAGAUAAUACCAAGUUUAGAUGUGAAUUGAUUGGAAGCUUUUUGUACUUGGUACAAAGUACAGUGCAGCUUAUUGUGGCAGAGGCACCACUUAUAAACCUCUCUUUAGGUGGAAAAUAUCACAUCGAAGGAUCCCCUGUCACCAUGGCCUGUAAAGCUUCUGGGAAACCACUACCGGAUGUGGCAUGGAUUAGAAAUGGAGUACUGGAAAGUUCAGGGAAGAAAGCUGCAUUGUUAAAGUUUGAUAAUAUAAGCAGAAUGGAUGCAGGACAAUAUACUUGUCAAGCCAAUAACUCAGUGGAAGUCACUUCCAUUAACGCAACAAUUGUAGUCUACUACAAACCCGAAGGUGCGAGGCUCACUACCAAUGCUCCACAAAAUACUGUUACUGAAGGAGACACAGUUACACUCAAGUGCAUAGUUAUGGCUGCUGUGCCACAAGUCUCAAUUUACAAGUUUUAUUUCAAUGGCCGCCUCCUUAGCUCAAACAGCAACAGUGAGUAUACUCUCAAUAACGUCAAUCGAUCUCAACAGUAUGGCGAGUACAAAUGUGUUCCACAUAAUGAUGCUGGAGAUGGAGCAGAAGCCACUGUAAGACUUGAUAUAAAUGUUCCUGUCCAGUUCACAGAAUUGCCACAGAAUAUAACUGUUAAUUCGUCAACUCCUCUGGUUUUGAGUUGUGAUGCCUCGGGAUUUCCUGAACCUAAGAUAAGAUGGGAAAAAUCCGGGAUUAAUUUGUCUGAAACCAAACAGCUGAACAUCACCAGUAGUAACAGGAACGAUGCAGGGGAAUAUGUUUGCAUCGCAAGCAAUGGAGGGAAACAGGAAAAGACAGUAAGCGCUUAUGUCACUGUGCAAUACCCGCCCACAAUUCAAAAUGUCACUACGUCAUUUAAGAAGUCUUGGAUUGGCCAGACAGUGACUUUGAAGUGUCUUUCUGAUGGUGUUCCUACACCAACGCUCUCUUGGUACAAACCCGAAGGAAGUGAAAUAAACAGAGUCAGAGCCAGAGAGAACAAAGUACAAGUGCCACUCAGGGAUGACCAAGAUUUUGGUCAUUACAAGUGCAUUGCUGUCAAUGAGCUUAUUCCAUUUGAUGAGAGAUUAAUUAAGAUAAAUCAGAUAAAGAAACCAGGGAAAGCAUCCAUCAAAUCAUCAGAAUCAGUCAUUCAAGGAACUUUUAUAACAAUAAGAUGGACUGCACCAGCUGAUGAUGGAGGAAGUCCGAUUACAGGAUACCGAAUGAUCCUACAAAAGGGUGAAACUGAGAUAGAAAAAGGUGAUAUCACCGAUCCUGGGACGACAAGUUAUUCGUUUCGUGAACUGGAGAGAGACACCAACUACACGGUGAAACUGUUUUCCAGAAAUUUUGUAUUCGAGGGAGAUCCUACUGUAAGAACGAUUAAGACCAAGUUUGAAGGAGCCCCAGAUGUGGUCGAAAUAGACGAACUACUAGGUGAAACAGCAGACGACACAGUUACUAUAAAGUGGAGGGAGCCAGAAAAUAAUGGAAAAGUUAUUACCAUGUAUACAGUGUACCAAAGAGUAGUGACUGAUGGAAAAGUAGGACAGUGGACAGUAAUUAGGAAAAUCAGAGAUGUUUCUGUGAGAGAAUUAAAAAUAGCGUUGGGGAGAGGAAAGGUGUAUCAGUUUGCCAUUACUGCAACUAAUGAGCUUGGUGAAAGCCUGAAACAAGAGAAAGCAAAUAUCCAGAAAGUCAAGGCACAAGGAAAAGUCUCGGAAAGCACAACAAAAGGUCCUGAGGAAUGUCACUGCCCAUCCAACAACGUCUUGCUGGCCAUAAUUGGGGUUCUUGCCUUCACAAUCCUUCUUCUAAUUAUUUACAUAAUCUGGCUACAUAAGAAAGGCGCUGUAGGGAAACAAAGGACUUAUGAAGAUGAAAGAGGUGUUUACGACAAUGAAACAGGAUUAGAAGAUAUCGAACCAAGUCUACCCGAUUCAAGAAAAUUCACCCAUCCUCCUGCGGAAUACAUGGAUCUCAUAGAAGUCAACAAAGAUGAUAGAAAAGCACAAAGAACAGCUCCAGGUGCUAAUUACGUGCCUCUUCAUCCGUUAAAACGUUCCUGGGAAGUUCCAAGACAUCACGUGACAAUAGAAAAAAUCAUUGGUAAAGGUGCUUUUGGUCAGGUUGCCAAGGGAACAGCAGUAGGACUUCGAGGGAGUCCUGAAACGACCACAGUGGCUAUUAAAAUGCUGAAAGCAAACGCAACUGAAUCGGACAAGAGAGAUUUGAUGAAAGAACUUGACACAAUGAAGCAGCUAAAACCACAUCCUUACGUCAUUAAACUUCUUGGAUGUGUUACAGAAUCUGAAGAGCUGUUGGUUGUGAUUGAAUAUGUGCCUUUUGGGGAUCUGCUGGGUUACCUGAGAAAGAGCCGUGGAUUAAAAGACACUUACUUCAAAGACCCGGAUGUCAAACCACAAACAAAUCUGACGUCACAGCAGCUGAUGAAGUUUGCAUGGCAAAUUGCCGAUGGAAUGAGUUACUUGUCCUCAAAAUCUAUCAUUCACCGAGACCUUGCGGCCCGUAAUGUGUUGGUUGGACAAAAGGAAACGUGUAAAGUGACAGACUUCGGAAUGGCCAGAGAUGUGCAGCAGGAAAAUAUUUAUGAACGAAAAACUAAGGGUCGUCUUCCCGUGAAGUGGACAGCUUAUGAGGCCUUGUUGUAUGGUAAAUAUACCACCAAAAGUGACGUAUGGAGUUAUGGAGUUUUGCUAUACGAGAUUUUCACCAUAGGCGGUUCGCCUUACCCACGAAUGGAUGGAAGAAAAAUUGCAAACUUACUUCAGGAUGGAUACAGGAUGCCCAAACCACAACACGUCGAUGAAAAAUUGUAUCAGAUCAUGAUGAAAUGCUGGAAGAAUGACCCAGAUGCAAGACCAACUUUCACUGAAUUGAAAAAUCAGCUUAACGACUUGGAAACCCUACACAAGAAGCUGAUCAACAUGACAAUGUACGACAAGCAGUUGUAUGCAAACGUCGAGGAUUUAAUGGUGUAGUUAGUUACACGUCCACAGUGUAUGACUGGCUAACAUUUUGAACACUUCUCCCACACAAGUUUCAGGGAUUAAUCAUCUUUGCCUUACACGCUUACUUGGUAGAAAUAGACAUGUUGCGUUAAGCAAUUAAUCUCGAACGUUGUACUUCAAUUGAUUUUAUAUUCUUAAACGCUGAAACGCUUUUAUAAGUUUACCGAUAAAGAAUACUCUCAUUUUUCUCUUUAACAAAUUAAGCGCUUAGACGUAUGCUCGACACAAACGUUUGAAUUCAGUUUAUUUUCUGGCUCAAUUCUGAAAGGAAGGAAAGCGCAGAAAUAAAUUCCAAUUUACCACAAUUUACCAGUUUGAUGAGAUCUCGCUCUGAGUGCCAUAGCUGUACAAUUUUAACAAAAAUUUAACAAAUUGCUAAAAACAUUUUUGUCCCAAAACCCGCUUGUUUGCAGGAAAGCUAUAGUGCGCAUAAAUUGCUUUCCCUAAGACAGCCCAUACCUGCGAUACCAACUCGAAAUACUUUUACACUGAAAGUAUCAGUAAAAUUAACGGUAUUCUAAUCAAAAUUAUACUUGGCACAUUACUUCUGCAAGAAAGUUUAUUGUUUGGCCUUAAAGCCCGAUAGUUUUCGCGUACUAGAUACUAUUACUAAACGAAUCUGGUGUUAGGUACGCGUUCAAGCCUUUCUG